AUGGACGAUACCUUAUAUAUAUUAGGGGGUAAAUUGACAUACGAGUUCAUUCGGUUAAACAUUGUUGGAGCCUUGCCCAGUUUAACAACGUUGUAUGGUAUAAUAUCGGACACAAAUCUUAAAAUAAUUGAAGGUCAAUUUCGAUUUGAUGAACUGAAGCAUCACUCAGAUUUACUUAAUACCAAAUUCGGUUUUGUUUCCGAAGACUGCACCGGAGUAGUACAAAAAAUUACAUACAACGAACGUACAAACUCAUUCGUUGGAUUCUCCGCUCCUUUAACAAAUGGAAUACCAUAUGUUAAUCACUUUCAAACGGAUUCAUUUGAACAAUUAAAAACCUGGUUCUCUACUGUUAAUAAAGCAUCACUCUUGAACGUUCACAUGUUCCAACCAAUUCCAUCAAAUCAUCUUAAAUCCUCAUCUCCUUUUGUAUUAGCAGCAUAUGGUGUAAAUAACCAAUGUACAUCAAUAGAUAUCUUAAAGCGUUGGAGUUAUAUAUAUGAUGAAUGUUGUAAAAAGCAAAUAAGAGUCAUUGGUUUCUCAACAGAUGCGGAUGCGAAAUAUCUAAGCGCUAUGCGGCUUACUAGCGGCUUCUUCGCUAAUCUUACAAAUAUUAAAUUACAUGAAAAUGACGAUGCAUUUAAAAUCAAUAUACCACCGCAUUGGACUUGGUUUUUCCUUCGUUCGCAACAAUUGUUCCUAUUUUUUCAAGAUGCUACGCAUGUUGCUACUAAGUGGAGAAACCGUUUGCUAGCUUCCACAGCUCAUCUUGUUCUUGGUCAACAACCAAUUACAAUGCAACAUCUUCAAAAUAUAAUAGACAAUGGAUAUAACAAACUUGAUCAUGGUUUAGUGUAUACAGACCUUAAUCCGAAAGAUAAACAGAAUUAUACCUCGUGUGAAAAAAUAGCAUCAGAGGAUGUUUUAAAUAUUUUAAAACAUAAUCGUGACACUCAAGCUACUUACGUUUAUCUUCGAUUAUUGAAACAUAUAAUUAUUGCAUAUGUUGAGAGAUCUACCAAUAUAAAAGAUCGUCUUCAUUCAGCUUGGACUGUCGUAUUUACUUGUCGUCUAUGGAAGUUAUGGAUAAAGCACAAUAUUUUUACAAGAUCGAAUUCUACAAAAAAAGAUGAAACCAAGAAGAGUAAAGAUAAAUAUUUUUUAACAAUUCCCGUAUAUUAUUCGAUUGAAAUCAAUGCACACAAUUUGUUGUACCUAACAUUGCUAGUAAAGCAGCGACAACUGCCUCCAAAUGCGUUGAAUAUAGUCUUAUUUAGUUCACAACCAUGUGAAUCCAUGUUCAGAAAUUCAAGAGCAUUGAGUGGUGCUUUUUCGACAAGGGUGAAUUUCACUGUUAAUGAUUUUCUUCAAAGGGCUGAAAAAUUGUCAGUGUUAGAACAAAUCAAGUGUUACGAAGAAACAAACAAUGAUAGUCGCUUGUUAUUUCCAAUACAUCAUAAGCAUAAGAAAAAUAAUGAUUCGACAACAUAUCAAAGUAUCAGUGAUAUUGAUAAAUUAAACAUUGAAAAUGUGGUGUUAUCAGCUUAUAAAACAGCAGAAGAACUUGUUGAAAAUCUGAACAUAUUUCAUUUAUUAAAGCAACAUAACAUUUACCAACUGAAUGAUGUGAGUAAGCAUGUAUAUGAUGAUCUAAGAUCUACAUGUAGAAUAAACGAUCAUUCAAUGUUUGAUUCAAAUGACGAAGUCGAAUUCAAUUCCGAAGAUCAUUUAUUAUUCCAUAAUGAUAGCAUCGAAGACACAGAUGUUAAUAUUGUUGACGAUGAUAGUGAUAAUGGAUUGUUCACCACGAAAACAACAUUUUCUGGUAUACGUCUGUUUGGCUCAGUUAGUGAUGAUUCAAUGAACUCUUACUUUAAAAUUAAUUUAAAUAAUGACGUUAAAUAUAUUCACAAACAGACUGCGUCUUGGCUUCUCACAGAAAAAAACAAUCAUUUGUCUGUUGAUCGUUUAAAUCGAGUGAUGGAAAUGAAUAGGCAAACAUAG